UAACCUUACUAAUUACUGUCGGCUAGUUAAUGAAGAAAAUCAGGAAACCUCUGUUUCACACUUUCACUAAUCCAGAAAAUAAACAUGGAAGAGCAAACGACCCCAAUAAGUUACAACAGUUUACAGCUCCUCCGGGAGCUGGAAGCAUUAAGUGCGUCCCUCGAUCUAUCUCAUCACGACCUCUCCGGCGCCGGCGCCGUAGCUUCCACCACCCGCCGCAAGAAUGAGGAGGAGGAGGAGGAGGAGGCAGGGGAGGGGGAAGUGGUCCGCCGUAAACGGGUCAGUUUUAGAGACAUGACGUUCCGCUUGCGGCGGCGUGAUGAGGAGAGCAGAGGAGGAGGGAGCUGGAAGCUGCCCGUGCGGCGGGCACUGUCCCGGAUCCUCCGUCAUCCGCCGCACAAGCUCAGCUGCCUGUUCUGCGUGGAAGUGGCGGCGGUUCGAGGCCUUCCCACGUCAAUGGACGGUCAACGCCUCACAGUUUGUGUCCGGAAGAAGGAGACGGCGAGGAUGACGGCGCGGACGGUCCCGUCCACAGUUUCCAAUGGAGCCGCUGACUUUGGGGAGACGCUAUUCGUGAUGUGCCACGUGUAUUUCGGUGGCGGCCGAGGCGGGACCCGCCUCAUAUUUGAGCCCCGCCCCUUUUUCAUAAGUGUAUUCGCGUCUUUCUCCUUAGCAGAAACAGGGGACGGCGGCGGCGGCCGGAAGCUGCAGCUUGAGCUUGGAAGAAGCUCUGUCGAUUUAAGCCAAUUAAUACAGGAAUCAAUAGAUAAGAGCUUUCAAGGUAUAAGAGUGCGACAGUGGGAUAUGAGCAUUAACAUGUCAUCUGAAAAAGCUUGGGGUGGAAAGCUUUUUCUUAAACUAUGGUUUCAGAUAAUGGAAAAAGAUGAUGGAAGAAAAAGCAUUGAAAUUUACACUACUAGUGAAGGCAGAAGGUUAGCAGCAGAUAUGUGGAUGAUAAAGAAGAAGGGAGAAUAUGGACCGCCUUAUGAGUUUGCCCGGAGACAGUCGAAAGACUGCUUUAGUGUCUCAAGCAAUGGCAGCGGGGGAGCACUGGAUUCUAAGAAGUUAUUAAUGUUGGAUAACAAUGUGGAGAGAAUGUUGGAUGAGGUGAACCAAAAUUAUGACAGUAAUGUAAGUGAAAGUGGUGAUGAAAAAGGGGUAGAGGAUGGUGAUGACAUGUUUCUUGAGUUUGAUGUGGUGGAUAAGGGAGUUGAGCAACAACAGCAGGCCCCCGUCGAUGAAUGGGCUUCGUCGUCUAUGAUACUUUUGAAUGAACCUCAUCAGCUCUUUCAUUGUCUCAGUAGCUGCUACAGAUUGAAAGUGCUUGAUUCUAUCUCUCAACGAAUCACAUCCCUCGAGUCUAUCUUCUCAUCAUCAUACACUGAUAGCAUGUCAGAAGAAGGAAAACUAAACAGUGAAGAAGAAGAAGAAACUACCGUUACAAGAGAAUUUAUUCAAAUGCUUGAUUCCAAUACUGAACCAAUCAAAUCUUUUGAAUCCAUCUUCUCAUCAUCAAACAUUGAUAACAUACCAGAAGAAGGAGGGGUGGACAGUAGAGAAGAGGAGGAAAUUGUCACAAGAGAAUUUAUUAAAAUGCUUGAAGAGGAAGAGGAAGAGGAGGAGGUGGAGGAGGAUGAGAAGGAUUUAGUUCAUAAUAGUGAUGCAUCCGGACGACUACAUAUCUUCGUACCACCAGAUCUUGGGGAGGGGUUGGGUUGCGUUGUUCAAACAAGGAAAGGGGGCUACCUUGCAUCGUUGGAUCCCCUGAGGUACUUUCCGAGUUCCAUCAAACGGAUGUCGAAUGUUGGAGCGACGACAACAGAAGCCCCAAAACUCGCAAUGCAGCUGUCACAACCACUUGUUCUUCUUCCUUCUCCCACACCAAUGGAUGGGAUUCAGUUUUUCCGAAGGAUGGCGGCUUUUGGACUUGAAGACAUCAGCUCUAAUGUUUUACAUUUCAUGCCUAUGGAUGAUCUCCAAGGCAAGACUGCAGAGCAGAUCGCUUUUGAAGGCAUUGCUUCCCAAAUCAAUAGUCAUGUCCGAAUAAGGAACUUGGAGGAGGAGGGCCCAACCACCACUACAUCAAAUGCAUACUCUUUUCCGCAAAUCCGCCGCACAUUUGGUGCAGUCAUGGCAAACAAAAGAAAUAGAAGUACACAAAACAUGGAGGAGGAGGAGGAGGAGCCUUUGACAAUGGAAGAGCUUUUAGCAUUCGCAGUUCAGAAUGUCAAUGAAAUUACAAUUGACGCCCUCAAAGUUCAAGCAGGCGUUGAUGAAGAAACCGCACCGCUUGAUGAUGUUUCACCACAAUCGUAUAACAGUAAUCAAAAGUAUUCAAAAGAAAAUGAAGAAGAAGACUUGUUCCUACUCGCGCGUGCGGUUCCACUGCCUGAAUGGCUAAUAAAAGAUGGUGGUGGUGGUGGUGGUGGUGGUGGUGGUGGUGGUGAGAGCAUAAUGAUAUGUUUUGUUGUCCAACUGCGGGACCCAUUGAGGCAAUAUGAGGGCGUUGGAGGUCCGAUGAUUGUACAUAUUCAAGCUGAUUACUGCAUGAAACCGCUGCCUCAUAAUAAUAAGAUUAAGUAUGAUGAUGGAGAGAAGAGGUAUAAAGUACAGGGGUUGAAUAUUGGGGGUAUAAAAGUGAGGGGUGGAGACGGUGGGCGGAAGGGAAAUGUGUGGGACACCGAAAAGCAUAGGGUCACUGCCAUGCAUUGGUUGAUAGAAUAUGGACUUCUUGAGAAGCCAAAAAAUCAAAAUGUCAUCAAGAGUAGUGUGAAGGAGGAUUUUUUGUGGAGUUUUUCCUCACUCAAACCAUUAAAAAAUCCAAAUGUCAAGCUCGCUUGUUCAGUAAAUUAAAAGAUGAUGGAAAGCAAGAUCUUCAUCGGGCAAGGCAAUGAGGCAUGCACAACCAAGACAGUACAUACAGUGAUGGAUUACGCAAUUAUUAAUUUCUUGUUUAACUAACUAUAGUACAUUUUAUACACACUUUUUUUAGAAGGCUAUUAUUAAAGGUGUGUAUAAAAUGUGUAUACGAAAGUAUGUACAAGAUCAAUAAGGUGUGUAUAAGGCUAUUAAUUACAUCUCAAGAUCAAAUUAAUCUUGUAUAGUAGAGAGUUAUGUAAAAAUAUAUUACCUGCGUCGCACUCAAUUUUGCUAACUUCAUAUUGGGUGUGGAAUUGCAAAAAAAGUUAUUAAUAAAAAUUGUAUAAUUG